CUAUGGGUGGCUGGUAAAAUCUUCUCUUUUUGGUUACCUACAAACUUCGAAUAAUUUCCUUGUAAUUUAUGAAAAAAGAAAUCGAAUUGCAUUGCUUAUUAAGUUUUUAAUAAGAGUGACAAGAACAGUUAAUUAAGGACGACAACUUUAUCGCAAAAAUGGGAGAGAAAUCUAGUACAGUCCAAGAUCAGGAACAGCAAGUGCGAAAAGUAAAGCGAACUUUAGAAGGUUGGCGUGUAGCCUUACUCUCUCUGAAGUCUGUAAUAUUGUGGGAACAACAAUGGCAUCCUUGUGCCAUUGUGGGCUCAAUGACAAUUAUGUAUCUUCUCAUUUGGUUAUUAGAUCUCAAUACUCUAGCUUCAAUUGCUAUUGUGGGUCUCAUUCUUAAUUUUGUUGAUUUUAUGGUACCAGUUAUAUGCAACCAGCUUUAUGGAUCUAGUUCUUGGACAGGACAACACGAGAAGACAUUUGAAGAAAUUUGUAGAAGCAUUGUAAUAAGCUACAAUAAAUUGGUGAUUUACAUCCAUUCAUUCUAUUCCCUACGAGAUACCAGCCCAUUUAUGUAUUACACUAUCUCCAUCAGUACAUUGUGUACUGUAGCUUGGAUAUCCUCUUCUAUUAACAACAUUUUCCUGUUGUAUUUAUUGUCAACAGUAGUACUGCUUUGGCCUGGCAUACAGCGCAGUGGGAUUUUCAAUAGUUUUUUUUCUGUAGUGAACAUGGCACCUAAAAUUCCAUUUCUUAAGUCAGAGUAACAUGAUGUAUUUGAAUAUGUUUCAUCCGUGUACUUAGUCAAGCUUGGCUUUAUUUAACGAGCUUUAAAUUUAAGUAAAAGAAUGUGAUAUUAUUUUUUUAUAGUCAAAACCAAAAGCUGUUUCAUGUUUAUAUGUUGUGUUGAAAGGCUGUUACACUAAGUGUUUGUUCAAUUUGAAGUCUAAAAGGUUUUAUAUUUAUUUGAAUAAGUUUUAACUGUAAGGUUUGUGUUUGAAUAGGUUUUCAUUUUAUGUAUACCUAUAUGUUUGUUAUAUAACUACAAAUAAUGACUAACCAACUAAACUAUAUAUUGUGUGAUCUCUUUAAAUUUGUGAUGUGUAAUUUUACUGUGGACAAAUUUUUACAAACUUCAAAUGUAUAGGCUACUAAAUUAAAACUAUAAGAAUUCCAUGAAUUAGAAUGAAGUUUUAGUAAAAAUGAAUUCAUGCUUUAGACAUAAACUAAAUUGCCUUGAAAUACAUCGCUUGAAUUUUAUUGCAAAUUAUUACUUGAGUUUAUGCAGUUUAUAACUUGUUGGGCGUUUAUAAGAAAUAAAUAAGUUUAGUAGUCUUAAU